AUGAAAUCCGCCUUCUUGUUUCGCCGGUUCCUCAACUCCUCGGAGUUAGACUUUACACCAACGAAGGAGUAUAACCUAAGAAAUACAGUCCCAGCAAUGUCACGUAAAAGACAAUCCACUGCACAACAGCCUGAAUUUCAGUGGCGCCAGUCUGGACGGGCGCAGACACUGCACCCAAAUGCGAGAGCAAUGCAUGAUGAGCGCUUACGGCGCGUGAAGAACAAGCCGCUGUUUAAACUAGGAGGGACCAUGCCUGAUAGGUCGGAUCAGGGGGAGUAUACUGGCGAACCGUCCGGUUUUAACGCCAGCGCAAGUUCAACGAGGGAUCUCGACGCGGUUGCCGACCAUAUAUACUCGAGGAUGGCUAAUAAACCCGGAUACAAGAGCACGAAGCCGUCUCGUAAAGUGCCGCGCAAAGCACCUCGCCAAGCACCUCCUCCACCGCGCAGACAGAACACUAUCGGCAGGACAGGUGGCCAGAUAGGCGGUGUGAUCAACGAUGCCGCAGACCCAGGGGAUGCACCAAACAGGGACCAUGGCAAACCUGACAAUGAAUCCCAAGAACCUUCCUACUACAAAGCCAUGGCUGAUACGGAAAUGCAAGACGAGCAUCAGAAACCUGAAAAUUCCCAGGGUGAUGAGAAUGAAACAGGUCAGAUUGGUGGUCAGAUGCACAAUCAAUGGCUUAAUACCCCUGAAACUCAGGCUAAAUUUGAUGACCCAAAUGAACCUAUUUUCUCCUGGUGGUUUAUUGUUCGUGAGAAUUUUCGCGAACCACUGGCGGAGUUUAUAGCGAGUAUGGUAUUCAUUAUUAUAGGUCUGGGUGCGUCAGUUCAGAGCUACAUUCUGCCAUCAGGAAAUACAAAUCUGUAUUGGAGUUGGGGUAUUGCAGUAAUGACAGGUGUUUAUAUCAGUGGUGGUGUUAGUGGUGGUCAUCUCAACCCUGCGCUCACACUAGCACUCGCUGUAUUCCGUGGCUUUCCGUGGAAGAUGGUGUGGCAGUUCUGGGUUGCCCAGCUGGUCGGUAUGUUCUGCGGGGGUCUGCUCGUGUAUGCCAUCUAUAGUCAGGCUUUGACCACACUCGACCCCGACAAGACUGUCUCGGCAAGUGGCAGCAGUGCGCUCUUCGUGACGUACCCAUCUAGCCUAUCGAGUAUCGGGCUGAUUCUCUCACUGGGUGACCGCGACAAUAGUCCUCCUGGUGCCUCUCUCGGUGCUUUCAUCCUUGCACUCGUGAUUAUGGCUCUGGGGUCCUCCCUAGGUGCUCUUAGCGGAUAUCCGAUGAAUCCUUCACGCGAUCUCGGUCCCCGUUUCGCUCUGAGUUGCGUCGGAUACGGCCGAGAACUGUGGACUGAACCGCGCUGGUGGCUCGGCGGUCCUAUACUGGGCAGUUUUGCAGGCGCAGUUCUCGGUGGUGUCUGCUACGACUUCUUUAUUUACUCCGGUCUCGGAAGUCCACUUAACUUUACUACUAAACAGUGGAAACGACUUAUCGUAAACAACAUGGCUAAACCUGGCAUUGACAGGCAAAAGAGGGAUAAUAAGGCAAGUAGGAAGCAGUAUUCCAAGGACGACGACUUUAUAGUUAAAGGAUAUAAGGCUGUUUAG